AUGUUUGCCCCAACACGGUGCUAUUGCGUACUCUAUCUUCCAUCGGAGGGAGUCAGGCCGUUUGACGACAUCAAGCGCGUGGCGAAGAAGAUCCAGGGCAAGCUGCCGGUCAUCGGCCUCCUGUCGCUGCUCACGAGCGCCGAGGGAGGCUUCACGGGAGACUUCCUGGCCUAUCCAGAGUUCUCCCGCCUCGUGUACGAAAAGGCCCCGGAGAACUUUGGCGCCGUCUGCGUGGAUUUGGAGCGCAAGCACGGGCGUCCCGCGAACCGCCGGUACCUGAUCUACUGCUGCUGGAUGGCGCUGUACGCCGCGGGCAUCGCCAAGACCAUCGACCUCCUCAAGUCGGCGCGCCGCCUCCGCGUCACGGACGACCUGGAGAUCGAGAUGGACCGCGUGGUGCAGUACCGCGAGGAGGUUAUGAAGAAGUAUGAGUUCCUGGGGGAGCAGCUCACGGUGGAUCUGCAAACGCAGCUGGAGGUGGCGGUGGACGCGCUGUGCCUGUGCGCGAUGGGCCUCGAGGACGCGCUCGAGGUGCCCGCGGACGACGCGGCCAUGCUGACGGUCGUGAUCAAGAGCACCUUCCCGGACGCGCCCGACGAGGCGAUCGCGGCGGCGUUCGAAACGCGCACGCAGCGCACGCCGUGA